GAUCCAGGCGACCAGCAGCUGUCCAGAGUGAGCGGUUGCCUCUUGGUUGUCAGCCGCAGAGACCUGGCUUCAGGCUUGCUUCUUCCCCUCACGCCGGUCCCCAGAGUUUUAGAGGGAGCUUUUCUGCCAGCUGGACACAGAUUUAGCCUGGAGGGAUGGAUGUCUAACCUGGGCUGAAUUUCUCCAGCGUUCUUCGAUGGGGCUCCUGUUGUAACCUGAAGAGUUGAAAAAUGUCUUCCAUGUUUGGCAAACCUCGAGCUGUCCCCUGGGCGAACGAACGCCACCUCCCAAACCUUCUGCAGGAGUGCAAUGUGGCCAUCCUGGGCUGUCAAGGAGCUGGGAAAUCAGCGCUAACGGUGAAGUUUCUUACCAAGAGGUUUAUAAGCGAAUACGACCCCAAUCUGGAAGACACUUACGCUUCGGAAGAGAUCAUAGACCAACAGCCCAUCUUGCUCAAAGUGAUGGAUACAGCCGAUCAGGACAUACCAGUGGGCUGUGAGAGGUAUCUGAACUGGGCCAAUGCCUUUCUAGUAGUCUACAGCAUUGACAACCGGAAGAGCUUUGAAGGAUGUCAGCGGUACCUGGAUCUCAUUGCUCUCCACUUGAAGAACACGUUCCAUGAAUCUCCAGUUCUCCUGAUAGGGAACAAGCUGGAUAUGGAACAGUACAGACAGGUCACCAAAGCCGAAGGGAUGUCUCUUGCCACCAAGUAUGGCUCCUCCUUCCAUGAAGUCUCGGCGUGCCUGGAUUUUGAGUCCGUGCAGCGCAUUUUCCACGAGGCGGUACGGGAAGUGAGGCGAGAGAUGGACAGACCCCUGGCAGUCCGGCCCUUGUUCAUCAUCGAGGAGAAGCCCUCGGCCCACCUGGUCCCAACUGCCACCAUCGCCUCCACCUUCAACUCCCUCUCCACUGUCAACUACAAAGAGGUCCCUUCAGUUGCCCGGGCCAAGCUGGUCACGGUCAAAUCCUCAAGAGCUCAAAGCAAGAGGAAGGCCCCAGCGUUGACGUUGCUGAAGGGCUUUAAGAUAUUCUAAGCAGGGAUGCCGCAGGGUAGACUCCAAAGUAGAACACAGCUGUUGGAGGGUUGGGUUGAAUCCCCAAGCAAGGAUUGAGUCAUUUCGCAUAUCCGUCUCUUGGCCUUUCCUGCAGUCCAAGCGUCCGUCUAAGAAUGCAAAGGAGCAUUUUGGGGAAAGGCCAUGAACUGACAGUGUGGACAAACUAUGGGUGAAGCCACCAGGUGGGGAAGGUGGUUAUAACCCUUUUUCUUGGUCAUAAACACGUGGAGGACUCUACCAUGGGCUGCUUGAGCAAUCGAUGGAGGAAUCCCACGGAAAGAGUUUGCUCUUAGGACUGAAUAGAGAUUUGGGAAGCCAGAGAGGCUUCGACCAGCCAAAGAAAUGACUCUACAAGGAGAAGACAUACAGAACAUAGACUAACAGAAUUGGGAGGGUCUUAGUCCAACCCCCUGCUCAAGCAGGAGAACCUAUACCAUUCCAGACAAAUGGCUGUCCAGUCUCUUCUUCAAAGCCUCCAGUAAUGGA